AUGGCCAAAGCUCAUGGUUCUCUUGCUCGUGCUGGUAAGGUAAAAAAUCAAACUCCUCGUGUUGAAAAGCAACAGAAGAAGAAGGCUUCAACGGGUAGAGCUAAGAAAAGACACCAAUACAACAGACGUUUUGUGAAUACUGUUGGUGGUAGGAAAAAGUGCAAUCCUCAAUCAUAA